AUGGUACCGGCAGCAGCUGGCGGCGAGCAGCCUAGACAUCCUCGUCAAGAGCAGAAUGGUGCUGGCGCCGCCGCCGCCGCUGCGGCCGGCAGCAGGGCCGAUGAGCACGGCAGCGAGGCGGCCAGGCUGGCUACGGCGGAGGUGGAGUUUAAAUCUGCCGUGCAGAGGGAGCAGGCGGCCCUCAUGGCUUCCGGGAUCAGUCGUAUCGAGACACUCAUUGGUGCUGUACACGUCGAUCCCAAAGGUCCAAUUACCGGCACAGGACUCGAGGUGCAAAACCUCAUGAACUGCUGA